AUGGCGGCAAGUUCAUCGAAGGAAAAGGCAUAUUGGGGCCCAGAAGAUGUAGAAACGUUUUGUAAAUUGUGCAAUGAACAAAUUGAACUAGGCAAUCGUCCUGGAAAUAACAAAAAGGUUGGGUGGACUGUCAUAAUUAACAAGUUUGAGGAACUGAGAGGAAAAAAGUAUGACAAAAAUCAAAUGAAGAGUAAAUGGGAUAAUCUUAAGGAAGAAUACAAAAGAUGGAGGAAAUUGCUUCUACAUGAAACAGGAUUGGGUUGGGAUGCAAGGAAGAAGACCAUCGAUGAAAAUGAUGAAUGGUGGGAGAGAAAAAUUAAGGAGGAUCCUAAGUUUAAGGCUUUUCGAACGAAAGGCAUACAUUCGGAUCUUGAAGUUUUAUUGGAUAGAAUGUUCGGGGGCACGGUUGCAACUGGAAGUGUCACAUGGAACCCCGCAGAAGGUUUAAUCAAUAAUGAUGAUAUUGAGGCCCCACAAGAUGAUAUGGGUGAUGGUGCAGGAUCUACUAAUGAUAAUUUAGAGGGUAAUGCGGUAAAAGAUGUUCACCCAAGUCCAAGUAAGAGCCACAAAAGAGCAGCGCAAAGGCAAGAUGGAGGAAAGAAACGAAAAAAGUUGACUGGACCUUCUAAGUUAGCAUCGCAGAUUAACGGACUUGUUUCAGCUGUUGAAAGUAAGAGCAAUGUAUCAUCUCUUGCAAGGGAGUUUGAUCCUUACAAGGAAAUUAUGCAAACAUUGAGAGCCAUACCCGAGAUUAAGCAAGAUCGAAAGUUAUACUUUUUUGCACUCUCCCACUUUGCUGAAAAGAAAGAUAAUCGGCAGAUCUUCAUGAACUUGGAUGGAGAUGAAGAAAAACUCGAGUGGCUCAAAUAUAAGUUGGAAGAGCACAAUAGUCGUCACUAG